AUGUCCCCUUAUCAGUUGGCCUAUGGCAAAGCCUGUCACUUGCCAGUUGAGCUGGAGCAUAACGCUUACUGGGCAAUCAGAUAUAUGAACCUUGACUCAGAAGCUGCAGGAAUUAAGCGAAUGCUCCAGUUAAAUGAGCUUGAUGAAUUCAGAUACUCAGCCUAUGAGAAUGCCAAGCUCUAUAAGGAGAGAACCAAGUUAUUACAUGACAAGAAGAUUGCCAUCAGAGUCUUUGAGCCAGGACAGCAAGUGCUUCUAUAUAAUUUAAGGCUCAAAUUCUUUCCAAGGAAGUUGAAAUCCCGGUGGUCAGGACCGUUUGUGGUUACCAGAGCUUCAACAUAUGGUCAUGUGGAAAUACAGGAAGAAAAUUCUGACAGGAAAUUUAUAGUGAAUGGCCAGAGGUUGAAGCACUAUCUUGGAGCUAUUUUAGAAGUAGAAACUGAAUAUUUCAAAAAAAGAGAGAAGAGACGAAGAAGGCCGAAAGCUGCGCUGGAGUAG